AUGAAACUCCAGUCUCUGCUCCGCCCCAUGAAUGGAAGAAAUAUGGCCACGAGAGUUGUUAACCUCUCGAAAAGGAAUCUCCUACCGGCUGAAAUCAACCUCCUGUCUAAGGGAAUAGGAUUUAAUCCCACGGAUGCUACACCUACCAACUUUCUAGCUGGUCUCGAAUCCAUUCUACUGACCUCUGUCCUGCCUGAAGACAAGCGCGCGGACAUACGCAGCUGUGCCACCGGUAUCCUCCGGCAAAAAAGACACCAGCAAACUCUACCGGCAGAAGAAGCGCAAGGAUUGCGAGCACUGAAAUCGGACCACAGCAUCGUUGUUGUUCCUGCCGACAAAGGUGGCGCUACCGUCAUCAUGGACAAAACUGACUAUGUCAACAAGGCGAAUAUAAUCUUCAGUGACACGGAUUCUUACACCAUUCUCACCGAAGACCCAACGAAAAAGCAAGCCGCAGCCAUCAAGAAAAAGGUUAAUGAGCUUGCUCGUCUGAAAGUCAUAGGUCCAGAUGACUCAAAGUUUAUGACCCUCAGUGAUCCCCAUGUCGCACACGCGUACGGUCUCCCAAAGGUUCACAAAAUUGGUGCCCCACUGAGGAUUAUAGUACCGCUCAUCGGAUCCCCUACCUACAAUUUAGCCAAGUUGCUGUACAAGCAUCUGAAGCCGCUAACUCACGGAUCUCGCUACAGCAUUAACAGCUCCAACGAAUUCCUCAACCGGAUUGACGGCCUCAAUGUAAGCACUGAUGAAUGCUUCUUGUCUUUUGACGUCGUUGCCUUAUUUUCUUCAAUACCGCACGACUUGGCAAUUGACUGCGUAGCCCAACGACUACAGGACAAUCCUGUUAGUAUCCCAGCGCACCACGUUAUAGAACUGCUCCAACUGUGCCUUAAGAACUAUUGUAAGUUCGACAAUAAGUACUACCAACAGGUGAAGGGAAGUCCAAUGGGCUCCCCAAUAUCCGGUCUACUCGCCGAAGUAGUGCUACAGCGACUAGAACAUGAGGUUUUUCAAACUCUCAACCCCAAAAUGUGGCUCCGCUAUGUAGACGACACCUUUGUCGUAAUAAAGAACCGCGACGUCGAAAGGCUACAUCAGAGGCUGAAUGAAGUCAUUCCGGCCAUACAAUUUACCCGCGAAGAGGCAGUGGGAGACAGUCUGUCGUUUCUGGACGUGAAAAUACAAAGGCUGGACGACGGUAACCUCGCAACCAGCGUCCAUAGAAAAGGGUCUGAUUCUGAGAUCAUCCUCAAUUAUGGAAGCAAUCACCCUGCGGCUCACAAAAGAAGCUGCGUCCGAACCCUCUUCCACCGGGCCUACCGGUAUUGCAGCAAUGAAGAUCUGCUGAAGAAAGAAGUAGGCUUUCUAUAUCGGCUAUUUCGAUCUAACGGAUACCCAGUCAGUUUCGUGAAGAACUGCCUCAGACGUCAGGCACAACCUCGAGACCCCUUCUCAGAUGGAGAAACCGUGACGCGGAAAUUCUUCUCCCUGCCCUAUAUGCAGGGGACCUCAGAAAUGAUCGCCCGUCAGUUAAGUCAGUUCGGUAUUCGCGUUUCCCACAAGCCUGCAUCCUCGCUGCGCACAGUCUUAACUCGAGUAAAGGAUUCUAUCCCCAAAGAGGAACAGACUAACGUCAUUUAUCGCAUCCCGUGUGCAAAUUGUCCCUGCGUAUAUGUUGGUCAUACAGGACGACGCCUGGGAACUCGUAUUAAUGAACACAAACUAGCUGUCCGUCGCCGUGAUCCACUGUCCCUCGUCUUUGCACACGCACUCCAGUGCGACCACCGUUUUAAUUGUGAUAACACCGAGGUCAUCGCCACGGCCGACACAAAACGGGCGAGAGAAUUCCUAGAGGCAUGGCACUCUAACGCGGAUAGCAUCAACCGCCAUGUUUACCUAGACGUCCAUUAUGAGGGCCUAAGAUCACGCCUCACUAAGCCGAGCCCCACGCCGCAUCAGCAGCCGCUAAUCCAGGCGCCCGCAGUUCUGCCAACCUACCAUUCUCCCUCCCCUCCAACACGGGAGCCGUAA